AUGGCUAAAUCAUCUACGUCAAAAAAGGGAAAGACCUCUAAGAAAUCCUCACCAAAACCAACUCAUAAUGUUGUAGGUGCUAAGGGAGAAACACCAAAGACUGAGAGUAGAAAAUAUAACUUUUUAAUUAGAACCAUAUGGACCUUUGUUAUGAUUAGUGGGUUUUUCGUUACUUUAGCAUCAGGUCACAUUUGGUGUGUUGCUUUAGUAUUAUUAUGUCAAAUUGCUGCAUUUAAAGAAUGCAUUGCUUUGACAAGUAUAUCUAGUCGUGAAAAGAAUUUACCUUUAACAAAAACUUUAAAUUGGUAUUUUUUGUUUACUACACUUUAUUAUUUAUCAGGUAAACAUUUAUUUACUUUUUUCCAAACUGCUGUCUUUGAAAAUAAAAUAUUGACAUGGAUGGUUUUGAAUCAUAAAUUUGUUUGUUACUGUCUAUAUGUCCUAGGUUUUGUUCUAUUUGUUUGUAGUCUAAGAAAGGGUUUCCUAAAGUUUCAAUUCGCCUCCCUAUGUGCUACACAUAUGGCAUUAUUAUUCAUUGUCUUCCAAGGUAACUUAAUCAUUAAGAAUAUUUUGAAUGGUUUAUUCUGGUUCUUAGUACCAUGUGGUCUAGUCAUUGUUAAUGAUAUUUUUGCUUACCUAUGUGGUAUUACCUUUGGUAAGACUAAAUUGAUUGAAAUUUCACCAAAGAAAACUUUAGAAGGUUUCAUGGGUGCUUGGUUUUUCACUGCUAUUUCAAGUAUUAUCUUCACUAGAUUAUUAUCACCUUUCAUGUAUAUGACUUGUCCUGUACAAGAUGUUCAUGCAAACUUUUUAUCUAAUGUUACUUGUGAAUUAAACCCAAUCUUUUUACCACAAAUUUACAGAGCACCACCUAUCAUUUUUGAAAAAUUCGGUGUUUCAUCAAUUACCAUUAAACCAGUUUACUUCCACGCUUUGAAUUUGGCUACAUUUGCAUCAUUAUUUGCUCCAUUCGGUGGAUUCUUUGCCUCAGGUAUCAAGAGAACUUUUAAAGUUAAGGAUUUCGGUCAUUCUAUCCCAGGGCACGGUGGUAUCACUGAUAGAAUUGAUUGUCAAUUCUUAAUGGGUUCAUUUGCAAACUUAUAUUAUGAAACUUUCAUUUCAGAACACAGAAUCACUGUUGAAACUGUCUUAUCUACUAUAUUGAUGAAUUUAGACGAUAAGGAUAUUCUAGAAUUAAUCACUACUUUGAUUGAUGUUUUGCUAAAGAAAGGUGUAUUGAGUAAGAAACAACAUAAGAAAGUGGUUCAAGUCUUUGCUGAAGUUGUUAAAGCCUUAAAUUAA